AUGGCAGCUGGAACCGCGAGGCGCAGGACCUGGAUUGUCGCCAGGGGGUGCGCCUCCGCAGCACAGCGGCCUAGCCGGCCGGGGCGUCGCCAUGUCGCCGCGGCCGCACAGGCAGGCCGCGGCGGACAAGGCAACGGCGGUACAGACGAGGAACCGGACUGGGAGGCGGAGAUGAGCAUAUUUAAGCAGCGCAUCUCCCGCCCAAAUCAGCUCGCCACGCUUCGCGAAUUGGAAGCCAAGGUCUCAGUCGGAAAGUUGGGGUGGCACGUUGUCACGGUGCAAGGCGUGGGUAUGGAGGCAGGCCCUGGGGCGAAAUGCACAAGAGCCCCCGUGGGAGGCUGCCCGGUUCUUUACGCUCGUGACGGCCUCGCCAUCGUGUCGGGUCUCAACACGGAUGCCCCGCUGGGCACCAAGGUGUCCUUCGUGACGGGCACAGCGGGUGUUCUCUUGUGGCACCGCUCCGACAACCUAUCGUUCUGUCUGGUGCUCGGGGAUCCGUCAACUGUCAGCGAAGGCACACCUGUGGAGUGUAAGAUCAAAGGGGUACUGCAGGUGGUGGACGACGUCAAGGGCCCCAUUACCCGGAAGGACUUCGAGAUGUUCAACGUGCCGGCGGGGGAGGACAUGUUCGGCAGGGUGUGCGACCACAUCGGCCGGCACCUGCCAGAGUACGACGAAAUCCAAGUGGAGAUGAAGAACCGGGAGCAGAUCAACGAGUCAUUGCUGACGGGGGUUAAGACAAGGUGGAGCGGGGCCGCCGCUUCCGCCGCCUCCGCCGUACCCAGCCCCCCUGGAGGUGCCGUACGGUGUGUAUUGGCGCUGGUGGGGCGGACCAAGGAGGAGGUGAAGGCGGUGGUUUCGGAGCUCCGUUCCUCGGGCUGUUUGUUGAACACUGCGGUGGUGGCGGUGGAUUCCGAGGCCCCUGCGGGUCACCAGUAUGCGGCCAUGUGCUGCGCUUGCUCGAUUGGAGAGCGCAUUCGUGAUGAAGGGGGCCACAGCCUGGUGGUGGUGGACGAUAUCCGGCCACUGAGUGACGUGUGGGAGCAGCUUCUCAGCGGAUUGGCAGGUCUGGGCCCCGCGCUGCUUCGAGAAGGUCUCGUCAAGGACGAGCGAGGACGGGACAUGCCCGUCGUACCGCCGCCGGGGACGGCCGCCUCCGCCUCUGCCUCCGACGGCACGGCGUCCGCCACCCCUCCCACUUCCUCCUCCUCCUCCUCUUCCACCUCCUCCCCGUCGCCCUCAUCGGCUGCCGCCGGCACUACGGCUGUGUCCAGCGCCGGCGGCCCUGCGGCUGGCAGCGGCAGCACCGGCAAUAGCAGCAUCCGUGCCAGCGUUUCUCUGGACGAGGAGGAGGGGGCACUUGUGGAAUAUGAAGGGAUGCUGGUCUCGGGGGCCGUGGCGCAGAGGCGAGGUUUCCUGUCCACGUUCUUCAUGCGAGCGGCCAAGAUGUCUCGCAGCAACGGGGGGGGCUCCAUGUCGCUGAUGCUGCUGGUGCCGGGCACUUGUGCAACAGGAGUUAGCAAACGAAUCGACAUGAGGAAGUACAAGACGCUAAGUCCAGAGCAACUGGCCAAGCUGGAGGCAGCGUUGCGCGCCAAGAUGCUGGCUGAGGAGCUGGCUGCGGGUGCCGGCAGCGGCGAGUUGGCGACCGAAGUGGUGGAGGAGUUCAUUUCCAUAGCAGACGGGCAGGUGGUGCUGGAGGGGUCGCAACAGCGCAGCAAGCAGCAGCAGGCGGUGCUUUCUCCUUCUUCCGCAUCCUCCUCCGCAUCCUCCGCAGCAGCACCCCCGGCAUACUCCGUGAACCCCAAGCUCUCCAUCACCCGUAUCGGCACUCGGGCGUAUUAUAAGGCCCUUGAACAGCUGGCACCUCAGGUACGGCUAGACCUAGCUCAAGCGGACGAUGCCCGCCGCUUCGGCGGUGCCGCCGCCGCCGCAUCUACCAGCAGCGCCGCCAGCGGCAGCAGCCUCGAUCUUGGCGGCGGCGGCAGCGGCGGCGGCGCUGUACGGCUGUCAGUGGCGGAUCUGCGUGCAGACGCGCUGGCUCGGCGUCUGUCGGCUGCGCUGCUGCAAUCCCCCGGGCGGCCCGCGUCACUGGCGGAACAGGUGGCAACGCUGUUUGCGGUACAGCGGGGCUUUACGGACGCCGUACCCCCCGAGCAGCUGUCUGUCUGGCUUCAGGGAGCUAUGGGCUACCUAGCGGGGGCCCAGGGGGCGCCAGCAGCCAUGCAGGAGCUUGGUCGUACCGGUAUCCUGACGGCGGAGGUGGAGGCGGCCCUGUCGACUGCGCUUGGGAGGUUCCUCGAUGCGGCGAUCUGA